UGAACUGUCAAGUAGCCAACAAAAACCUCGUGACGUCCGUCUCUUCCAAGUUGGGCCUUCUCUCAUAUUAUUCUCAUCUUCUUUCUUUUCUCUUCACUUCACUUCACUUCACUUCUCUCUUUUGUGGCGUCUCGAGUCCGCUUGUUACCCAAGCUCUCCGUUACAUUAUUUACUUAUUUUUAUUUUAUUGUGCCCAAAAAGAGUGUAUUUAAAAAAAAAAAAAUUAUUAAUUUAUCUCAUACAAAUUUCGGAGCGCCAUUGUUCUGUCUGGAUCGGACGUAGACCGUUGAUCUGACUCACUCGGAAGGAAAGUUGGCGACGAUGAUGCAAGAAGACUAGAUUUUGCGCCAGUAUUGUGUUCACCGUUGAUUUGUACAAAUAAAUAUAUAUAUAUAUAAAGUGUGAGAAAAAUGCUUACCUACGAGCAAGAUCCUGAUGUGGUACGGUGGGGUCUUCAGCUAUUUGAUAGUGACCCUUACUCUAACUGUGGAUAUCUUGGAACUGUAAUUCAAGACGAUUGUGAUAGUGAUUACUAUCAUCAGGCUGAGUAUUUCAAACAAGAAAGUUAUGAUUCGGAUUCUGAUAGUAGAAAUGUUGAGAAUGAUGAGGUUAUUGCUCAUGCUCUGCAAGAGGAACUGUCUCAACUUGCAAUUUUGGAUGAGCCCGGAUCUACAGAUGAAGAAGGGAUUGAACAUUUGCAAGUGUCGGGAUUUUCGCAGGAUUGGCCCGAAUCGGAUGAAUCCGCAGCGGAGAAUUAUGGAUGCGGAAAGGAGAGUGGUCAGGAAGGGGCGGAUGAUGAUGAGCCUUCUUGCCCGGAAGAGGUUUCGUACUGUGCGGAUGAGUGGCUGUAUUCGCUGGGGCUUAUAGAUGAGUUUGCUCUCGUUGGAGAAGUGGGGAAAAGGUUGAACCAGAUGGUUCCCAUUCCUCAUGUUCCUAGAACCAAUGGUGAAAUACCCUCGGUUGAUGAAGCAACUGUAGAUCAUCAAAGGCUUUUAGACAGGUUGCAGUGUGGAAAGUGGGUUGAACGUAGGGUUCAAGGAGAUGGUAACUGUCAGUUCCGUGCUCUGUCAGAUCAGUUUUAUCGUACUCCAGAGCACCACGAGUUUGUGAGACAACAAGUUGUCAAUCAGCUUAAGUCAUACCCAGAUACAUAUGAAGGAUACGUCCCAAUGGCUUAUGGUGACUAUUUGGAGAAGAUGUCCAAGAGCGGUGAAUGGGGGGAUCAUGUUACAUUACAGGCUGCCGCAGAUUCGUAUGGAGUUAAAAUAUUUGUCAUGACUUCUUUCAAGGAAACCUGCUACAUUGAGAUUCUUCCCAAUGUUGAAAAGUCAAGAAAAGUUAUUUGUUUAAGCUUUUGGGCGGAGGUGCAUUACAACUCAAUUUAUCCUGAAGGAGAUUUACCCACAUCCGAGACUAAGAAGAAGAAGAAACGGUGGAUGCUACAAAAUGAGUAUUUGGAGUCGGUGGAUGAGUUCCAAUGAUUGAAUGGAAAGGAUGGACUUCUCUCAUAAUUUAUAUAUUUUUAUUUUUUAUGAACACCUUUUCCGGGGAAAAUUCCUCAGUUUGGAUCUUAAGCCGCCUAAGCAUAAGACAUCUUCUGUACAUGUUCUUUGAUGUGACUACUCUUGUCCG